GUUUUUAGACUGAAAUUUUUUAUUUAAAUUCAAUUUUCAAUUGCCAAUACAAGUUUAAUUUUUUAUUUUUCAUAUAAAAUUUUUAUGAAUAUACUGAGUGUUAAAAAUAUGCCAGAAACUUCGAGACACAUUGACAUUGAAAAUAUUUACAAUACAGCUUUUGUCAACUACAGAAGUCCAAGUUCAAAAUAUUUAACUGCACUCGCAGCAUGUAUGGGAGGUUUUUCACUUGGGUGUGGUCUUGGCUGGAGUGCACCGUCAAUUGAAAUUCUAAAACGUGAACAAGAUUUUGGUCUAUUUUAUAAUGACCUGAUAGCAUCAUCAUUCACAUUGGGUGCUGCAUUUGGUGUUUUAUUUGUGCCAAUAAUUGUUAAUAUUAUUGGUAAAAAAAAAAUGAUGAUAUUACCAAUAAUACCAUUUUUAAUUGGUUGGUUACUGAUACUUUUUGCUGGUUCAAAAUUACAACUUUAUAUUAUUGGAAGAUUAGUCACUGGUGCAUGUGGUGGUAUGUUUUGUGUUGCAACUCCAUUAUAUUCAGCUGAGAUAUCAAAUGAAAAUGAUCGAGGAACAAUUGGAGUUUUCUUCCAUUUACUUCUUGUUAUUGGCAUACUUUUUGCAUUUUGUACUGGUUUUACAAAUAGUCUUGUUUGGAUAACAGCAUUGAAUGGUUUAACUCCAAUAAUUGCUGGUAUCACAAUGUUUUUCAUACCAGAAAGUCCAAUAUUUCAUUUAUUAAAAGACAAUGAAUACUCAGCACGUCGUGCAUUACAAAUUUUACGAGGAAAAGAUGCUGAUAUUGAACCAGAAAUAUCAGCAAUGAAAGCACAUGUUGAUUUGAUGAAAAUGAAAAAUAUUGGUAUUAAUAUUUUUUUUAAAAAACCAUUUAGAAAAAAUAUUGCAAUUGCAUAUGCAAUGAUGGGAAUGAGACAGUUGAGUGGUAUUAAUGCUAUAAUAUUUUAUGCUGUAACAAUAUUUGAAUCAACUGGAGUUGAUCUUGAUCCAAUUUUUCAAGGUGUUGUACUUGGAAUAGUACAAGUUAUUGCGUGUUGUAUAUCAGCUUUACUUAUCGACAAGAUUGGCCGUAAGAUAUUGAUGCUUGUAUCGGAAAUAGUUAUGUGUAUUUGUCUUUUUAUAUUGGCAAGUUUUUUUAUGGUUAAAAAUAGAUAUCCACAAAUUGUUGAUGAAAUGAAAUGGUUACCUCUUAUUUCAAUGAGUAUUUAUACACUUGGUUUUUCUCUUGGUGCAGGUCCAGUACCUUGGUCUUAUAUGGUUGAAACAUUUCCAAGUAAAUUAAAAGGUCAAGCAACAGCAAGUGCUGCAUUUAUCAAUUGGUUUUUUGCAUUUUUAGUCACACUGACAUUUGAAACAUUUGCAAUUCUACUUGGUAAUGCAACAAUAUUAUUUUUUUUUUCUAUAAUAUGUGCAAUAAGUGCACUUUUUGUUGCUCUAUGUAUGUUUGAAACUAAAGAUAAAACACUUGCACAAAUUCAAGAAGCUCUUGUUGCACUUCAUGUUGCUGAACUUCCUAAUAAUGAUGAUAAUACUUCUUAAAUAUUAUAUUUAUGAUUUUUUAAAAAUAUCAUAAAUUAUAUUUUCAUUCACGUAAAAUUUAUCGUGAUAUUAAAUUUUGAUUUAUUUUCAUAUCACAAUUUUCCAAUUUUCUGAAAUAUGUCAUUUUCAUUUUUAUCGAUUAUGCAUAUUUAAAUUUAAAUAUUUAUAAAAAUAAAAUAUCUUGAAGCUGUUAUUGUAUCUGGAUUUUUUCAAUAAAUUUUAACAGACAGAAAAAUAAAAAAAUGCUGCAUAGAUAAAAAAAAAUAAA